UCAGCAGAUGGUGCUGAAAUCAUGGCAAUACUAGAGCCGUAUUGGCACAUUUUCAACUUUGUCCUAGAGCACGAACAGCGACCGAAGAUACAAGCCCUGAUUCCGUGGACAAUAUCGAGAUCUUCACCUCUUGUACUUAUCCAUUUCCUCGAGGGACUGGUCGAAGAAUCCGGAGCCGCUGCCUAUCCAUGUUGGGUCUCACACGAACUGCGAAGGAGUAGUCAUAAGUACAACCACUGCGACUAUAGUAUCCGACUGUUCCUUGGUCAUUUCUUGCGCUGCCUUGGAGAGGUAAAUGCAAAGAUCGAGUGGUUUGCGGUGGACGCGAAACCGCUCUUCCUUUUCCACUGGUACGGCAAUCCGCUUCAGCUAAAGGUGCGGCAUAGUGUCUUUAGCAUCACGACCAGAUCGGGUGAAGAGUACAUUGCCGACUUCACAAUCGAACAAUUUGGCUACCCCAGCGAGAUGUGGUUCAUGGGGAAGCAGGAGUAUGUUGAGAAGUGUACGACAGGGCAAGAGAUGAUGCAACCAUGCGAGAUGGAGAUUGCCAGUGCGAUGGAAGGGAAGAUUGAGACGACAGGCAAGGUGGAGGUUAUCAGAGAACUGUGCAGAAAGUUAGAUUUCAGAGCGUGGAGGCGAUGGGAUGAGGACAGCAGGAUAGAGUGGUUGGAAAAAGUGGUGGAAGAAGCGUUG